AUCUCUGCCUCAACUUUGUCUUCCUAUUAAAAAGGCGGGUGAAAGAACGGCGAGAAGAAGAGUUCUUUUUCUUCGUCUUUCUUUAAAUUAAAAAAGAAAAUUAUAAUGUGCCCGACCACCGAAAAUCACCAGGGCUCCGCCGAGGAAUCCGACAUCGAAUACCCUAGAUCCCGAUCAACGGAUGAUACUACGUCGAUUCCUGAUUGGAUGACCGAGUCUAUCGGCGGUGGUGGCUUGCCACAAGUUGACCUUGAAAACGGAACCAACGGUUGGGCCUCUCCUCCAGGUGAUCUCUUCUUUCUCCGUUCUAAAACCUACUUGACCAAACGUCAAAAAUGUCCCGCCGGCGAUUACUUACUGUCUCCCAUCGGUAUGGACUGGCUCAAGUCCACUUCCAAGCUCGAAAACAUACUCUCCCGUCCCGAUAACCGUGUUUCUCAAGCCCUUAAAAAUGCUCAAUCCGAAGGCGAAUCUAUGAAAUCCUUCGUUUUUGCAGUCAAUAUCCAGGUCCCAAGUAAAGAUAAUUAUAGCGCUGUUUUUUAUUUUGCCACGGAGGAUCCUAUCCCUCCCAAUACGUUAUUUUAUCGGUUCCUUCAUGCCGACGAUGCCUUCAAGAAUCAACGGUUCAAGAUGGUUAACCGGAUUGUUGAGGGACCGUGGGUCGUCAAAAGAACGGUGGGCAACUAUGCGGCGUGCUUGAUAGGUAAAGCUUUGACGUGUAAUUAUCAUAGAGGAGCUAAUUACUUGGAAAUCGAUGUUGACAUUGCCAGCUCGGCGAUUGCCAGCACGAUUUUACACCUUGCAUUGGGAUACGCGACGAGUGUAAUAAUCGAUAUGGGAUUUGUGGUGGAAGGACAGGCCGAGGAUGAGUUGCCGGAAAAAUUAAUUGGUGCGGUUAGGGUUUGUAGGAUGGAGAUGUCAUCUGCGACUGCGAUUGACUCAGGUACGUCCCCGAUUGAGACAGCGGCGGCCGGCCGUGCAAUAGGAUCCGCUAAGGUUAAUCACCAUGCAUCCUAUGACGGCGACGAUGAUGACAAAUUAUGCAAAUGCAACGAAGGUUAAUGCAGUAACGCCGUCGAUUCAAACAACGACAGGCAAUGAAAUCGGAGUACGUAAAUCCGGGGGUGGUGAUGAUAAUGACAAAUGAUGCGACAGAGGUUAAUUAUAAAAUUUUCUUCGUUCUUUCUUUCCUUUCACGUUACGAGAAUUCGGGUCCCUCUUUGGAGGGGAUUGAUGGGUUGUAGAUGAUAAGAUGGGCUCUGAUUUUCGUAGAUGGAAAAAAAAAAUUACAGUUUCUUAAACGGAGCAUGGAUGGAUUGGAUUUAAAUGUUUUAACACAAUUCUUUCCUGUUAUUAAUAUUUGAAUCUUCACUGAA